AUGGACAAGGUAGAAAGCUUAGGAGAAGUUUCAGGAUGGGCAGAUCUAAACAGAGACAUACUUGAACUUAUCUUCAAUAAGCUCGAAGUGAUGGACAUUACCAUGGGAGCUUCACGUGUCUGCAUCUCUUGGUUCCUUGCCUCUCACAAAAAAACAUUGUGGAACACGGUCGAUCUUACCAGUCUCCAAGAGUUAGAUGUCUCCCGCAGUUUCAACUUUAAGGAUGAAGAAAAACCAAUUUUCUUCUACAAGCACCGGGUUGACGACGAUGAAGGCCUUACGAAUCUUUUGACUAAGUUCAUCUCUUGGUUCUUUCUUGACUUGUAUGAAGUAGAAAGCGGGAUUAUCGGGAUUAGUCUCAUGAAUCUGUUGAUUGAGAUCACCAAGUUGAGCCGCAUGACCCCGAAGAAUUUAUUCUUUAACUUUAAUUCCUAUAUACAAGAAAAUGGUCUCAAGUUUGCUGCUGAGACGAUGCCAAAUAUAGAGAAACUUGCUUUACCAAUCUGGUGCUAUCAAACAGAGAAGUCAUUGCGGUUUGCUUUCAGUCAAUGGAAGAAUCUUAAAACACUGAUCAUCGCUCAUGAACACUCUUUCACCGGGAUUUUCGACUUUAAAGCUGUGGGAGAGAGCUGUAGUAACCUAACCAACUUAAAAUAUUUAGGUCAUUUGGAAGAAUACAAGACCAGGGAAAUCGUGCCUUACCUCCAGAGCCUCAAGAGGUUGAGUUUGCGAUGCUCUUUGGUUAGUUAUGAAGCAGUUUACUGUCUAAUCAUCGGCCUUCAAAACCUCACGAUGCUUAAUGUUUCACAUUGCAAAAACUCGUACUUCCAUGCUAUCACGAGAUCUAGAGACGAUUUUGUUAUAACGACCGCCACUCAGAAGCUUGAAAAUUUUAUCUUAUGUCCUCAGGAUUGUAGGAUUUGCAAAGAUCAUCAAUGUUGCUACUCCUGGUCGUAUCACGCUGAGGAUUGGAGGAACGAUGAGAUAAAGGAACUUGCUUUCUGAAAUUUGUGAGAAGAGAUGUAAUGGGUAUGGAAUAAGAAGAAUUUGAAUUAGUCUAAGAUCGAUAUCACAAACCCGUCCAUACUUUGCCUUGCAUAAUGUUAAGAUGUUCGUAAAACCAUCAAC